UGUUUUGGGCUUUAGCUAUUGGGCUAUAGUAUAUUGGUCUUACAGAGUUUGAAACGGCGACAUUGAUAUUUACUAUACGGAUAUUCUAGAAAUAUAUCAUUCAGGUCUUCGUCUUUUUCGUCUCUCUCUGUUCUCUCCAUCGCUGAACAUUCAGAUCGCUAGCUGGUCGUGCAUCUAAUCUACUACUAUUAUAUUUCUUCAUCUUCCCAUAGUUGAGAUCUUAACCAAAAAAAAUGAACAAAAACACACGGAUCGAUAUCCCCUCUUCGUCUUCACCAUCCUUAGCUUCCGCAGACGGUGAGCUCCACGAAGACGACAUCUUCGCAAUCGACAUAACUCACUCGCCUCGUCCUUCUCCGACGCAGCAACAACACCCACCUGCUCGUCACCUUCAAAGAAGCAAAAGCAGUUUGAAAAACGUGGAAGCUUCCGGUAUCCUCGCUGCUCUCCCCGAGCCUUCAGGAGGAAACAGUUACCUCAACCACGUCUUUCACCACAAACCCGCCUCUGUUCUCUCCACUUCAGUCUCCUCCACAGCUUCUUCAUCGUCUUCUUCAGGCGGUGGCGGUGCUUCCGCUCGUACCAUCCCCGCCGCUCCUAAACCGCCUCAAGAGCGGCUUCCGUUUACGUCUUCUUUUAUGAACGGAGGAAAGUUUCCUCAGUCGGCUCCGGUUAAAGUUCCGUCGGCGAUGAUGAAUCGUCAUAAAAAGGAGUUUAAGUUGACUGAUGUGGUGGAUGUUGAUGAUGAUGAAGAAGGGGAGAUGCUUCCGCCUCACGAGAUGGUAGCUCGUUCUUUGGCUCAGUCUUCGUUGCUGUCUUGCUCGGUGCUUGAAGGAGCAGGAAGAACACUUAAAGGGAGAGAUCUCCGGCAGGUAAGGAAUGCUGUUUUCAGAAGAACCGGUUUUAUUGAUUGAAUUUCUCUUUUUUUCAUUCUUUGAUUUGUUGUCCCCAAUUGAACCGGUUUUAUUUGGUUUACAGAAACAUUCCAAUGUAUUGUUCAUAUAUGUUGUCUACAUUACACGAUUUGUUGUUUACUUCAUAUUAAUCAGAUUGAUGUGAUUGUUUGCUUCA